GAAACGUUAGCCUAAAUUAUAUCUGAUACGUUCAAAUAUUUAUUCAAACCUACCAUUUGUUCAUAUCUUAAUUAUUGUCGUCAUCUCGUAUGACUUAAUGCAGAUUUGUAAUAACAGUUGCCUGAAUGACCUUAUUUUCUAUUGCGCUAUCCAUGACAGGUGAAUUAUUUGACGGGGUGAUACGUGGAUUGAUAGGAAGUUAAAUGAAUAUGUUUAUAGACAGGCGCAUGUUUCUGUAUUAGUUCGUUGUGUCAGCACGCACAUAUUUCUCGCUGUUACGCGCGUGUGAAUGCUCUGUUUGUCUACAUGCGAGGGCGCAUCUAACUGCUUGGCUUGGUCUCUCAGCUUCAAACUGUGCGAACCGCCGCUCUUCCCCAACCCCCGUUGCACUGCUCAGGCAACGAGGGAGGAGCCAGCCCAAAUAAAUGUGGGGAGGAGAAAAACGAAGACAACAAACCUUAAAAAUGUAGGCCACGGCGCGUGACCCAGUUCCUCACGAACAACCCAGCAAAUGUGAAUGUGGAGCACGGCUAUUAUCCCCCACGCCCGGCACGGUUCCAGGGCGGUUCUACUGUGUGUUUUUCUCUCUGUGCCAGGCAAUGUUCGGGGGCUUUUAGAAAUAUGAAAAAGAAGAUAGUAAUGUUACAUUUACCCAAUUUGCUAUUUAAACUAGCAACAAGGUAUCAAAAGUUUGCAUUUCUGGCCUGUGGAGAGCAAAACCCAUCCAGCCAUCCACCCACCCACACAGUGUGAAAUCUACACCCCCUCAAGGAGAAUAGUGAGGUCACAGAAGUGAAAGCACCAUUGUGCGUUCAGAGGGAUGGAGGACAGGAGGUACCUGCCACCAGAUGGAGGUGGAAAUGCCAAACGCUCUGCCUCAGCUGAGUGUGACACAGUGGAUAGAGUGAUCAGGAAGGAGCAGGAUGACCCUGAGACCUCCACACAAAUUUGUGUGAGAAAAGACGAUCUCUGCGAUCUUCCUCGUAAGGUGCCUCGUUUCCAGUAUGUGGAUUUCCCUUCCCUGCACCAGUGCAUCCAACAGCUUUCUGUGCCUCCACUGAACAGCUGGCUGGGAUCCUGCUCGUUGGCAAAGGCACCAAACUACAGGCCUGACAGUCCUAAGGAAAAGGUGCCCAAGUUUAAAUACGUGGACUACCCAUCUCUCCACCACUGCAUUCAGCAGCUGUCUGUGCCUCCACUGGAAAGCUGGAGUGCAGGUCUGGUCAGGUUUAAUGCAAAGGGGAAAGAGGAUGGCUCUGGGUCACAGAAGAGGCCCUCUCAGCCUGGGACUGUGAAUAAUAACAAAAGCAAUGAGGCAAGAGAUCAAAAAAACAAGGACAAGAGUAGAGUUAUAUCAUUUUCUUUCCCAAGAGACACACACAACUCCGUCUCAGGCAAGGAGGAGAGGCCUCAAAAUGACCACCCCUCAGAGGUGCCACAGAGGUUAGAGAAAGAUAACUCACCUAUCAGGUCCCGUGCUACUCACACAGAUGCUUCUUUGCAAUCAGAUUGCAGAUCAAGAGCAGAAUCUGGUUCUGGAUCUUGUAGUGAUGCAGCAGUGGUGAGAAACAACAGACCGUCUAUUAUUAACAUGGUGCACAUGGAUAAGCAGAAGCACUGGACAACGGCAGAACACUUGGAAGAACAACUGAACUCUCCAGAUUCAGUCGGACGGGUACCAUGGAAAACCAUCCUGGAGUCAGUCUGCCCAUUCUGCCAACAGAUGUUCACAAACCCCGAGCAGUUCAGGGCUCAUCAGCGGAGCCAUAGAGAUAAGAGACCAAACUGAUGUGCAGAAGAACUGAGUGAGAACUGCUUUUGGCAAACAGUUAAUGCCACAUCAUAUGGAAUCGUAUCAUCAGAGGCCUUCUUGUGUUGUGACUGGCUUUAGUGGCAUUGCUGGCAGGACUAUAGGGAGAUCAAAGAUGCAUUAAGCACAUUAGACAGUUUGGGUUCAGACCUUAGGGAGAAUGUAAGGCAUUGUCUUGACUUAUGUUGUGAUUCUAAAAAGACAGAACUGGACAGAUAGAAAUACACAAGCAUACAAUAUGCAUGCACAUACAGUGCACUUGUGCCCACACACACAAACACACACAUGCAGAGUAUCCUAUUCAUGAUUUAGAAGCGGACAAUAUUUACUUCCCUACAUAAGGACCUUCAGACAUAAUGGGGUUUCGGCUCAAGACAGGUGAUUAGAACCAGAUUUCUGGUCUCUUCCACACAUAUAUCAGAGUGUUUACUGGGGUGAGUGACGCUCGAUGGACUGGUGCGUAAGAAGAUUUUAUUACAAACAAACAGGCUUGAUAAUAAGAUUUGUUACAUUUUAUUGUUUUGUACUUUUUAUGUUUUUGGAAAUUAAUGUCUAAUGGCUUCAAGCUAGUAGUUUUAAAUCUUAAAAAUGUACCACUGGUUUUCAAGUGUUUAAUUGUGUGAGUAAAGAUUUUUAGAUACAGAAACAAAUGCCCUCUGCAAGAAAACCUGUUUGACAGGUUAGCGCUCAGUUUCAUAGAUGAAGUAUUUAAGCUUUAUAUUAACAAAGGAGCUAAUCCAAAAUCAACAACUACUGUGACAAAACUCACUAUUUACAUUUAAACCUCAAGUCUAAAUGGAUUUUAGAUAUUGUGAAAGACCUAUAUUGAACUUUUGUUUAUAAACUUUUGCAGGAACAUAAUACAUUUUUUAUUACAGUAAAGUUCUGACCAGCUAUUAUGUAACAUACCAUAGCAAAGGUCGAGUAUUUCAUGUUUUAUUUGAUUUUAAAUCUAAAGAGAAACAGUAACAUUGUUUCUUGUAAACUCACAGUUACACAACCAAAUUUCAAUAUAUAUUUACAAUGGAAUAUUAUGGAUUUUAUUAUGCACUGUAUGUUUUAAUUCACAAAUACACCGAAGAUUUCAAAUCACUAAAACUUUUAUUAUCAUGUAAUAAAUUUCCAGGAAUUUCCCAAGCUCAGCUGUUGGGUUUCCUGUAAGCAAAUACUAUCCACUUUCAUUCCCACACAGAACAGAUCGACAGGACUGGACAGGUAGCCUGUUUAGAGUGAAGAUUUUUUAAUAAUUUGAAACCGGAAUUAUGAAACAUACUAGAACCAGAAACAACUGUGUGAAAAAUGAAGGUAUAAACACAAACAAGGAAGAGCUAAGAAGCGUGAGAGACAUGGUUAUAUGGUGGAAUGGAAGAGGACAGACAACAGUGGGAUCAGGAAAUUCACAAGUGUAUGAUUUGACUGAUGAUCUCAGCAAGAAGGAAAAUGUUUUAGAGGUGCUUUAUCCUCUCUCUCAAACUCAAUCAAUAAUGAAUAUCCAACCUGUAAACACGUUUGGAACUCAGGAAGAUGGAAACAAACCAAGUCCCACAAACACAAGCCUGGUUUAUUUCUCUGCAUGUAUAAAUGGUUCUACUGAACUGCUUCAGGACACUCAAUGCCCGACCUCGCAGCUCCUGUGUGGCUCCUGCCGUUACCCCUGCUCUUCUGCUAUCUGCCCCAACAAGCUGUGCCCCCUCGUCUCCACACUGCUAACCUGUGACUUGGUAUCAGAUCCACAGAGCAGAGUGUUUGGUUGUCCAACAUUCAGAGCCUGUCCUAAAUGUCAUAAUCUGAUUAUGCAUGAAAAGGGAUGCAAAUUUGUAAUAUGCAAAUCAUGCACUCACCAGUUUUGUUUUAUUUGCUUGGAAAGUGAUUGUAGCAAGGAUAAAGCAAACUACUGGGAACUAACUUGCACAAAGCCGAGAGCAGAAAGACAGAGAUUUAUGGGACCACAAUCCUAAACAGAGAUUCCUCCCAGGGUUGGAUAAUAUUGUAUAAAAUGCAAAUGCAAGAUUUGUUAAUUGCUAUACAGAAGUGACCAGUAAAAUAAAUAUUUUCACAAUCAUGCAAUCUAUAAAACAAAAAUAGCAUUGCAUUGAUCCCAUCUUUUUCUCCUGUGCUUUAAAUCUAUGCUAUGACAUACACCUGACUGACUUGGAGUUUCGUCAGCAGGCAUAACAACUCAAGUAAAACUCAAUAAAGUAGGACCAGUUGACACAAGCUGGUUUGUACCUUAUUAGUGAAACUGACUGUACAUUAUCUUUAUUAUGACUCUCUGCCACUCUCUUUUCUACCUAAUAUGUAAGAAAUCUUAAAAGAACAGCUCAUGGUGCAAUACACCAUUCCAUUUGAAGUAUUAAUGCAUUUAAGUAUUCUUAGUAGCAACCUAUUUUUUAUUCGGUUCUUCUUAACAGUUUACUUGUUUUCCUUCCAAUUGUGGUGUUUUUAAUGUUAUUGUUUAUUGUCAUCACUUCAUCUCAUUCAAUCUAACAGUAUUCAUAUUAAAGUCUUAUACAACAAAGUA